AUGGUCAUGGACCAGGUCCAGGUCCCUGGCACUGCCUGGACCAGGUCUCCUGUGCAGGUCCAGUUCCCUGGCACUGCCUGGACCAGGUCUCCUGUGCAGGUCCAGGUCUCCUGUGCAGGUCCAAGUCCCUGGCACUGCCUGGACCAGGUCCUGUGCAGGUCCAGGUCCCUGGCACUGCCUGGACCAGGUCCUGUGCAGGUCCAGGUCCCUGGCACUGCCUGGACCAGGUCUCCGGUCCAGGUCCAGGUCCCUGGCACUGCCUGGACCAGGUCUCCUGUGCAGGUCCAGGUCCCUGGCACUGCCUGGACCAGGUCUCCUGUGCAGGUCCAGGUCCCUGGCACUGCCUGGACCAGGUCUCCUGUGCAGGUCCAGGUCCCUGGCACUGCCUGGACCAGGUCUCCUGUGCUGGUCCAGGUCUCCGGCACUGCCUGGACCAGGUCUCCUGUGCAGGUCCAGGUCCCUGGCACUGCCUGGACCAGGCCCUGUGCAAGUCCAGGUCUCCAGUACUGCCUAUAGGGUGUUUCUGAAGCCUGUAAAGAAUGGAGCUUCGGACACUAACCUGUACUUAAAGGUGUAAUAUGUAAGUAAUCCAGCCAGUGGUGUAAUCUCGGUACUGCAGCCCAGUUUUCCACACGGUGACUCGAUGCCAUAGUGAGUUUCAUGUGUUGCCAGAGGAUUCUUGGUGAGCAGAAGUGAUGGGUCCAGCAACACCGGUGCAUGUGUCAGGCUCAUGGAGCGAAACCUGUCGAUGCGCGUGUUGCUUUAAGAAAAAGUCAUGUGACCGACACUGCUGCUGUGUUGCUCAUUGCCAAGGCGCCAACCUGUGUUUAUAAGGUAUUGACUCUGCAUCUGUCAACGGGAUGAGUCGCCGUGAGAAGAUCAUUAAACAAGACGUCCUACACAACAGAAUGGAGCCAGAGAAGGUUCUGCUGUGUGGGAUCAUUUAGAUCUUUUAACUGCAAAUAAGGUACGCGUUGUCUUGCUUCUGCACAUCUGUCAGAGCUGUAAACGGCAACGUGACUGACUCUCAGUGUAAAGUAUUUAAUUUUAUUUAGGUUAAAUGUCGCAUCUGCUCAGCGGAGCUGUCCUAGAGCACUUCCUCAAUGCCGAGACAUUAAGAGCCAAGCAUGAAAACCAAGAGGAAGCACCAAGAACGAACACAGGCAGACCCACAUAGACACUGGGCGUGCUUUGUCACGACUGUUUUACAAAUAUAUGUUUUAUUAUUUUAUAUGUUUUAUUAUUUUAAUAUUUUAUUAUUUUAUAUGUUUUAUUAUUUUAUAUGUUUUAUAUGUUUUAUUAUUUUAUAUGUUUUACGUUUUAUUAUUUUAUAUGUUUUAUUAUUUUAUAUGUUUAUUAUUUUAUAUGUUUUAUUAUUUUGAAAUCUAGAAUCUAGGAAGAUUGCUCUGGACCAAGCAGUUCUGGCUUUUAUUUUGAAGGACUGCCAGCCCCUGAGCAUUGUGGAGCGUGAGGGGUUCCGGUCCUUGAUCCAUCUCACGUUUUGCCAACCAGAGAGGUUUGUACACACACGUCUCAGACAGCUGCUGUUCCUCGUGUCACAUGUACAUAAGUAUUAGACCGUGGCCCGAUUUAAGGGUUCGGACACAGCAAACAAAAAUAAACACGUGAUUCAAACGUCAUGCCUGCAUCCAGAGUCACCUCUGGGUAUAAAAGUGGAUUCAACAGGGCAAAACAGAAGGUCUUGCUUUAACGACAGGCGGACUGAUAAGUGUGUCGAGUACUGGACUGAUGUUGAUUCAUUGUCAGACGGUUAAGGAAGUGAUGGCUAAAGACAUGCGGAGGAACGGGAACGAGUGAAGAGGGAAGUACAGCGAGCCGUGGCCGUGAGUAGAACCGCUGACGCGGACCUCCGUGAACACGGGGGCUUGGCUCUCACCCGUCACCACAUCUGUGCUGGGAGUCCAACCCUUCCCACAGAGUCUCACUGCUGACACUCUGGCCCAAGUCAACAGGUGCGUGAUGGAUGACUGGGCCAUGACAGACAGGUCCAGCACCGCAGCAGCAGCUGGGACGGCCCACCCUGACACGUGUCGGUGAGGUACCGACCCGCUGGAGCACACUAACCCUAACCUGAACCAGUGUGGGUGUCCAGACCGACUGAACUCCACUCACAGCUGAUGGGCUCACUUGUGCUGGCCGCUUUCCAUCAGGCCACAGUGGAGUUGUCUGAGGAGAGGAGUUUCAGGGUCAAAGGUCAUCCCGAUGAUGAAAAUGCUGUAAUGUGCACUUGAGCGUAACUCUUUACAUCCACACACACACACAAGCAGCCACGCGUGUCCAUGAGCAGCCUCGACGCCGCGUCCCGGACUGCUGCUGACCCGGAGUCAUCAGGUGUGUUACCUAUCAGCACCUCCACACCCCAGGUUUAAAACACUCGCAUGUCCUGGUUCCUCCGAGUGUGCUGCAGCCCCAGCCUCAGAGCACUUACCCACUGCAGGCAAGUUGUUCACUACCAUCAGCUGAUCGUCACGCCUGUUUGCUGCUCGUGUGUAUUAAAUACCGAGUAGAGGACAACAAUGUGUUUUUAUUUCAGAUCCGUGGCAGCAGCUGAUCAAGAGGUUGGCGGACAAACCCCCACCGCAUCAGCUGACUCGAUCACUGAGGUCCAGCGCUAGCGGAACCGGAACACAUCCCACCUAAAACCUUCCUCCUGGUUUUACUGGUUCAGUGGCCCAGUUUCUACUGGGAGCGUGUUCUCCAGCGCUGGUGAAAGUGUCCAAAAACACUAAAGACUGGAUAAACUUGUUUUUCUGAAUAAACAUUUAUAAAAAAUAAAAACUGAGUCAAUGACACUUUAACGUCACCUGGUGUCGUUCAGAGUAUUGUGAGGCGUCAACAUUUUAAAUGUACUUUAAAAUAAUCCCAGAAGAAGAAGUGCUACAGUAAUGUACACAAGUAUGAUCGGGUCACUGAACCCUAACCCGUCACCGGUUCUGUUCAGAAGGGUUCGGGUGUGUGGAGGGGAUCUGAGGACCAGGUCUGGUCCUGAGGGCUUCAUCAGAACCAUCAGAACCGGUCUCCAGCUCUGAGCGGAUCGCUGCUGAGUGAAGCAGCUCCUCUAAACCUGAGACCAUCAGA